AUGCAUUUACCGUGUUUUUCUGUCCGUCCCUUAGAAGACAAACCCAACGACUUUGGAAAGCAAAGGUGCUGGACGUCCAUCGGAUGGGGAUCCGUUACGAUGCUCAGUGGUUGGCUCGUGGACUAUUUCAGCUACGACAAAGUGCAAAAAGACUACACGCCAAUAUCGUAUUUGAUAUUGUCGUUUAUGAUUUUGAAUUUAUUCGUCGCUUCCAACAUCCCAGUGGUCGAGUUCAAACUGUCACAGAACACGUUCCAAAACGUUUUUAAAUUGUUCGGGAAACUUCACGUUAUAAGUUUUUUUGUUUGGAUCCAGCUGUCGCUGGGCGUUUAUAGCUCGAUGACGAUGAGUUAUCUCUUUUGGUAA